AUGUCGUGUCAGCAGCGGAGACCUGUGUCAAGGAGCCGGAGCCGGCAAAAAAGUUCAAGGAGGUCGGAACCCAACAGCUUUCGACGUGACCGGCCCUCCGCUCAUCCUCAUUUUAGGUGGAGGAAGGGAAUGACACUGGCGCAGGGCAGGUACGAGGUUCACGGCCGGCUUGGGGACGGAACCUUUGGCCGCGUGCUUGCUGCGAAGGAUCUUCAAACAGGAGAGUCGGUGGCUGUCAAAGUUGGCAAAGGCGGAGAUGAGUUCUGUGAGCAGGCGGCGGAGGAAGUGGAGAUUCUUCAACACAUCCAGCGCUUACAUCCUGGCAGGGAGAGCUUUUGUGUGAAGUUCCUGGACAGUUUCCUGGAGCCUCCGAAGCAUUUUUGCCUGGUGUUUGAGCGCUUGGGCAUCAGCCUCCGCGACUUCUUGAAGAGGAGCAGCGGCUGUGGGCUUUUUGUGGAGGACCUGCGACGAAUCGCCCAACAGCUGCUUCACGGCUUAGCAGGCCUGCACACUGCAGGUAUCUUGCACACAGAUCUGAAGUGUCGAAACGUGAUGCUCAACGACGAGCGCCACCGUGCAGCACCGCACCCACGGGAUCCCGGCAAGGAGGCCUUACGACCAAAGGAUUGUAGCAUCAGGAUCGUCGACUUCGGCUCUGCGAUUCAACAGGACGAAACUUUCCGCGGCCGUGCUUGCACGAGACAGUUUAGAAGCCCGGAGGUUGCGCUGGGCCUGCAAUGGGAUGAGAAACUGGACAUCUGGAGUGCAGGCUGCAUCACUGCCAUGCUCUACACUGGUGUGCGACCUUUCAGCGUGCACGAGAACCAGGAGCACCUGGCUAUGAUGGAGAGGUUGCUGGAUGAUCGAUUUCCACAGCACAUGCUACGAACAGCCAGGCGAAAUCGGACCGAGCAAGAUGAGGCAUCAUCGGACCCUGACCUCGAAGACUUUGCUGUAACAGAGGACGAUCGCCUGGACUGGCCAGGCAAGGCUUCGGAAGCGGCGGUGCGGCGAGUGGAGGAGCUUCAGCCACUGUCACGACAGGUCUUGCCGCGGCACGGAGCCUUCCUGUCCUUGCUCCAAGGUCUGCUGCGGCUGGAUCCACAACACCGGAUGGAUGCAGUGACCGGUUGCAAGUCGCCAUUCUUCCUCGAAGAGGUGGUGGAAUGA